CUUGGUGGGAUGGCACACGGGCCAAGAGGAGGGGGGUGCGGGAAAAAGGAAAGUGUGGGGAAGGCGCGUUCGUCCUUUUGUUGUUCUUGCCUUCUAGGGCUAGAAGUGGCUCGUGCAUGCAUGUUUUCUCGACUAAGGUGUUUAUUAAGACAUGACUAAGACAAGGAUUACAUGAUGCAUUCACGUGACCUUCAAUCUUUGUCAUAUAUUGAUAAGCUACUUAGUCAGCGAGGAAGAAGAAUUAACAGCAGCAACACUAUGUACUCCGUAGAACUAUACAUACAACAACGAAGAGGAAGACAGGGCGAGAGGGUUCUUGGUGGCUUCAUGAUCUCGCUGGACGUGGGUGGUGGAAGCGAGGGCCACGUCAGCUGGGCAAGGAAGUGCCGCAGACAGCGAGAGCGCCCAAGUCUCUCAUUUCCAAGAUGCAUGAUCAAGUUGACCGGACUGACUGAUUUCUAGUUAACUACUCCUGACUCUGGCCGGCCGACUCUGGCUGGCUGGUGGACUCUCUUGUCAUGAUUGAUAGCAACGACCCAAAUGCCGAAACAGGCGAUCUUCUGCGCUUUAAUGUCUGGGAUGUUCGGGAAGGGGAGAGCCUGAGGAUACUGGGUAUCCAUCUGCCACCUGUUCAUCUCCCUAGUGCGACAGGGCUGGGCAACAACAACUCAAAAACCUCGGCCAGUCUCCACGCUACGCUGCAUCCUGGUUGGUCACUUUCUCAGCCACUGGAGCCGAAUUCGAGAAUAUGCCUGAAUAAAGAAGACGAGUCUUCCGGGCUGAAGGAUGAACAACGCCCUUUUCCCGAGAAGCGUUCUCUGGGCUUCGUAUCCCAGCUGGAUGGAUCAUCCGCCUAAUCUUUUAUCGGGGACCUUGCACAGCUUUUGUGUCCCCCACUGCACACUUCAAAAUUCAUGUGAGAUACUGUUGGCCGUCUGCAGUGCUGUGUACGCUUGAGCAGGAAAGACUGACCUAGAAUUAGGCGGCAACAUGAGGCUGACGGCGAUCACGGGACAUGGUGCAGUCUUUAACACGAUUAAGCAUCCGUAGGAUGUGCACAGCUUCGAUAUAUAGUUUUGCGCUGAUAUCAUCAUCAUCAUCACCCACCAGCUGAAAGUCAAGGUUAAUUUUAGCCGUUCAAAGGAACCUCUAAUGAGUCGCCUGGUCGGAAAGUAAGUUCGUCCUAAGCAGCUAGCUGCACCGCCGACCCAUAGCAACAGUUUUUU